AUGGAAGUGUCUCGGCCUGUGGGCAAAAGUGCGGCCGAAGACGUGCCAGUGUCGGCGACCCGAAGCCACAGCCAAUUGAGCGACUACUCGAGCGGCAAAUUCAGUCUGAGCCUCGAAGCGUCGCAGGCGCAGCGCCUGACGGAGAGUGGCGGACGCGUGAGCUCGACGUAUGGCCAUCGCCAGACAGAAAUGCGCCUCAAAGCUGCCGAGUUCGAUGACCUGCCGCCCGAGCGGACAAAGGACUACAAGGGCCGCAUUCGAACGUGGCCGGGGCUGUUGCUCCUGCUGUUGCUGCUCGGCGGCGCAGCAGUUGUCAUUGUCAAGCAGGCGAUGGAGACCAGUGAGUUCAUGAAAGCCGACCACGAAACCUUUGAGCGGGAACAAACGAGACGGCGCAAGAUCAAGGACGGGAUGGACGACGACAAGGUGCUCAUGUCGGACGACGGACAGGUGGGGAACCCAAAGAAGUACCCCGACAUGGGCUGUGAGCUGCCCGACUACCAGAGCAAAAAGGGGAAAAUCAUUGCCGUGUCCAAGAACGGCACGGAAGUGCCCGUGGGGAUCAAAGGCGUCAACUGGUUUGGCAUGGAAACGGGACUGGCCAUUCCAUUUGGGCUGUGGGAGAACAUGGACAACGGCACGUCGGUCUACGAAGUGGCGGCGUUUCUCGCUCGCAACAACUUCAACAGCGUUCGUUUGCCUGUGUGUAUCAAGAACAUCCUCAACGACGUGGCCCCGGAGAAGUCGCUGAUCAACUUGAACACGAAUCGAGCCGUCAACAUCACGUCGUACAUCACAACGAUCCAGUCGAUCGUCGAAGCACUUGGAUACCGUCAAGUGUCUGUCCUCAUCAGUCUCCAUACGCUAGACCAGAAGAAGUCGGGCGGCGCCUGGUUCAGCGAGGAGCUCGAUGUGACCGAAGACCAGUUCCUCGAAGCAGUGGACAUCUUGUCGCAGAACUUGUGUAGCUCCAAGUACUGGAACAUUGUCGGCCUCGACCUGAAGAACGAGCCGCACGAGUGUUCGUGGGGCGGCGCUGCACCGGACUGGCAAAAGGGAGCGACAUUGAUUGGCAACCGGAUGCUGGAAGGCUGUCCGAGUUGGCUGGCGUUCGUCGAGGGCAUCGCGUCCAAGGGAACGAUCACGCUAAAUGGCAAAGAAGACACGUUCUUCGACUGGUGGGGCGGAGGGCUGGCCGACGCCAGCGGGAAUCCUCCCGUCUUUGACAUUGAAAACAAGCUAGUGUGGUCACCGCACUACUACAACACUGGCGUGAGUCCGGCGUGGUAUCUCUACGACGGCGGCACUCAGACUGCUGAAGGUGGGCGCGAGGGCUACGUCGAGCUCGACGACAAGACGCUGCGCAACAACGUGGAGAAGACGAUGGAAAAAAUGUUUGGCUACUUGCUGAAGGAGGACACGAACACGGCGAUGGUCAUGGGCGAGUUCGCUGGACUGUACAGCAAAGACGCCCACCCGAUGCUCACGACGAAGCGCACGACAGAUUACACGAUUGAGGUCAUGCUCAAAGCAAAGUACGCUGGAGCGUACAUGUGGUCGUUGAACCCCGAGAGCGCGUACCAGUUCAAUCCGGCCGACACUUAUGGUCACUUCACGGAAGGUCUGCUCGAGGACGACUGGCUCACACCGAACAAGGUGUUUGUCGAAGGUAUGGCUGCGCUGGACAAGAUGAAGAACCUCCAGCCGUUUCCGUGUUUCCCCGAGGAAGUCGAGGAGGAGGCGUCGUCGUUAGAAAAGGAGGAGUAG